GCUUGUCUUUAACAUCACACUGUCAUGUAUUAGUCUUUUCGUAGUGACGAAUCGCAAACGCCACGCUGGAUUCGGCAGAGGGACUGUGUCGUGGCACGGCUGUGCAUCUAUUUCAGUGGGCUGUACUUGGGCUAUAUAAAACAGGCGUGUCUUCGGCGAAGGGAAUGGUUCAAAUAUCAACUUAUCAGCGGUAACGUUACAUGUGUGUCUCAUGCUGUGGACUAUGUGGAGGUGUCUGCACGAAGUUAACAUCAUCUGUAUCUGACUUUGAAUGCUCCCGAACACGCUUUUUGGAAACUUAAUCUGAACAUUGUGAGAAGAUGGAGAACAAGGAGGAAUCAAAGAGUUGUUCCGUCAGCGUCCUGACCUGGGAGCAGGUGAGCCGCCUGAAUGAAGUCCUGACCGAGGUCGUGCCUGUACAUGGACGGGGGAACUUCCCGACCUUGGAGGUGCGUCUGAAAGACAUUAUGGCGCGGGUCCGCUCCCGCCUGGAGCUGAGCGGCAUCAGAGUGAAGGACAUCCGGCUCAACGGCUCCACGGCCAGCCACGUGCUGGUGCAGGACAUUGGCUGGAGCUACAAGGACCUGGAUGUCAUCUUCCGGGUGGACCUGCCGCACGAGGCCGACUUCCGUCUCAGCAAGGACGUGGUGCUGGGUACCCUGCUGGACUUUCUGCCUGAGGGGGUAAACAAAGAGAAAAUUACACCCAUGACUCUCAAAGAGGCUUACGUCCAGAAGCUGGUGAAAGUUAACACAGAGCAGGACCGCUGGAGCCUCAUCUCUCUCUCCAACAAUAACGGCCGCAAUGUGGAGCUGAAGUUUGUGGACUCCAUACGCCGGCAGUUUGAGUUCAGUGUGGACUCCUUUCAGAUUGUGCUGGACUCCAUGCUUGCCUACUACGAGCUGGCACAGACGCCCAUGUCACAGGCCUUUCACCCCACUGUGAGUGGGGAGAGCGUGUAUGGGGACUUCAGCAUGGCACUGAGCCACCUGCGGAACAAGCUCAUCGCCACCAAGCGGCCCGAGGAGAUCCGAGGUGGUGGCCUGCUGAAAUACUGCAAUCUGCUGGUGCGGGACUUCCGGCCUGCUAGUGAGGAGGAGUUCAAGGCCCUGGAGCGGUACAUGUGUUCACGGUUCUUCAUUGACUUCCCCGACAUCGGUGAGCAGCAGCGCAAGGUGGAGUCCUACCUCCAGAGCCACUUCAUAGGUGAGGAGAAGAGCAAGUACGACUACCUCAUGAUCCUGCGGCGAGUGGUCAACGAGAGCACGGUGUGCCUCAUGGGCCACGAGCGGCGACAGACCCUCCACCUCAUCUCGCUGAUGGCCUUCCGAGUGCUGGCGGAGCAGAAUGCUAUCCCAGACGCGUCCUGCGUCACCUGCUACUACCAGCCAGCACCCUAUGUGCGAGACCACAACUUCAGCAACUACUAUGUGGCUAACCAGAAUAUUCCAACAUGGCUGCCAUGUAACUGACAAAAGAAGUCAGGGGAAGGGUGUACAAGAGGGCACUGCUGCUGCUGCUGCUGCUGCUGCUUAAGAGGAAGAGAAGAGGAGGAAUUUUGAGAAAAAAAAAGAAAAAAGAAAACUCCCAAAAAAUGUAUUAUUGAGGCAAUAAAUGCUAUGUUCCUCUCAAGGCACAGUUAUGUUUAAGUGGACAAGUGUUUUGCUUUGUUUUUUGGAAUCCUUUCUCAUUCCUUAUCUACAGAGCUGUCAAGGUUAUUGAAUAGAAAGUGAUAUUUUUAAGUGUUUAGAUGUUGUUGUUUUUUUUUUGGGGUUUUUUUUCUGAUGUUUGGUUGUUUCCCUGUUUUUCAACCUUAUUCUUAAUGGAGUUGUGUUUUGUGCCUUAACCUCCAGGUUUACCCCCCCAGUAAUUUAAGUAUAGGCUAUUUUUUGAGUAAAGCAAAAAGAAAAUGUGAUGGCCUUCAAUUAGGUUUUCUCCUGUAAUGUAAAAAAAAAAAAAGUAAUGAGAAAAGGCAGAAAAAAAGCAAAAUAUUGGAAAAAAUAGUAUUAUUGGGGAAGGGGUAAUAUAAUAGGUGAUGACCCCCCAAAAAAAGCAGAGCACCAGUCUUGAAAGUUUAGUUCACUGUGGAAGGGAAAAAUGUGGUACACUAAUAACUUUGUUCACAUCAGAAGUGAAGGGGAAGCGUCAAUUUUGUUUAAAUUUUCUUCGACAGUUGAAUAUCUCUCACAGACAUUGGUGCUCCCCAUCAUAUGCCAGCAGUGCCUGUGAUUUGUAUACAAUGCAAAACAAAUAUUUUUAUUUUCCACUAUGAAUUUUAGUGUAGGACCCUUCUCCCCCAUUUACCCGUUGCACUCAGCCCAGUACUCUUCAGCCACGAGUAGACACAUGCAGCAAGACGGUUUUGGCCUCACAUAGACGGGCUCCUGUGUGUCUGAGGCUUUUGUUUUCCCCUGUUUUUUUUUUUUUGAAGUCCCUUCCAAAGCCUCAGCAGUGACCUCCAGAUGUCACAGUCCUCUGGUUAUUGUGGGAGGCUGACUUGCAGGACGGAGUGGACGCGGGCACGUUGGGAGAAUGCAGCCAGCCUCGUUGCCUGGAGCGAGAGCUGGCUGGGGAAUCUCGGAGUGACAGGACGACUGACUGUCCCUUCCCUUAAAAGGAGCAGCACAUGGUGGGCCUCCAGGGUCGUCCCUCACAACCAUUGCAGGCCCGACAGCAGCCCUGAAAUGGGAUCCUCCUCUGAUUCAGCUCGGCGACUGGCUCUCAAACUGCAGGCCAUCUAUAAUUAUCCUCUUUUUCUUUUUUUUUCCCGGGGGAGGUACCUUCAGAGCAGCGAUCUGGGGAUGGGUGUGCUAGCAGCAGCGGCAGGCCUGCCACCUUACAUGUGUGGGAGCUGAAUCACUUCCUGUGCUCUCCUAUCCGGUGCUUGCUGGGACCACGCAGUGUUUGAACCCCUUUUGUGGUCAUAGGAAGACGGACACUGUGGAGUGCGCCUGGUAUGUCAGCCUGUCAGUGGGAAACCUCUCCCCUUUCAGACUUGGAUUUUGAUUUAUCCUGGAAACUACAACCGACCUGCCACCAGUUGUGAUGGAGUUGCCCCCGCUAUUUAUGAAUUUCUAUUCACAGUAAUCCUAUUAUUAGCUGUUAAUUUUGAACACUUGCAGCGUGGCAUUACUAGCACUUGGUCUAAGCUGCAGGUCACACCCACAGAGCAUGUUCUGCUGGCUCUGCUGCUGAACUUUGGUAUGGGAACUGCCAUAGUCUUUUUAACAACAAUAGAGGUGCCAUACACUGUCUCGCUCUGGACCAAAGUACUUUUCAACCAGCAUCUGAAGCAUUCAAGUGCCUUUUGACUUUUUGGAGAGUGAUUUGACUUUUUUAAAGGUUUUUUUUUUUUUUUUUUUUUUUUAAAUGGUGAGGUGGAGGGGAAGGGUUAGACAAAGAGAGAAAAUCAGCCCCUUUAAACCCUGUGAAACAAUACAAUACUGUCAUCUCUGUAUUAGAUACCAGUUAAUGGGGGAAUACAUACAUCUUUGGGGAGGAUACUAACUUUGGUUUGAAUUUGAGUUUUUGGUAUUUUAUUUUUGUUUUACUUUUUUGUUUUUUUUUUCUUUUGUUUCUUUUUUAGUUUCAGUCUCAGACUAUACUUCUAACCCUAACCCUUAAAAAGAAAAUGUUCUUUCAAAAAUGAAAUGGAGUUAUUUUGUACUCAACCCCCAUUCAGAUGGAAAGUUUAGUUGUCCAAUAAACAUUUCUGGAGCUUCACAGCAAAAUGGCGUCCCUGCAUUCUCCUUAACAACUGAAGCACCAGGGGACUUUUUCAGGAUUUUACUUGAAAUUCUUAAACACCACCACUAACAUGUCUCCAGCUACUGCAGUUGUUAAGGAGGACACUGCAACUCUGUUCCACUGUGACACUCCAGAAAUGUUUAGAGGGCAACAAAGCUUGACCCAGCUUUCUAUUGGAAUGAUGGGUGAGUAGAUAAUGACAGAAUCAUCAUCGUGGGCUCAACUGAUCUUUAAAACCCAUGUCUAGUCAUUCCUGUCUCAGUCUUCUCAGCCAUUUAAUUGUAUUCAUUUCUUUUGUCUUUUCCUCAAAGUUUCAGCCUUGUCACUGGCAGCCAUGUUUAUUUCUGCCUUUUUGAAAUCCAACUUUUUUUUAAGCUGCGUUGUAGCUCCACCUGCUCCAAAGCAACAUGGCUAUAAUGUUUUGCUGACAGCUUUGUCCCCAGCCAAACCAAAGCAAUACCUUAAGUGCCCUGACAGACCAUGCUGUGGCACAGUAGCUGGAGGUCACCCAGCAGAGACCCCAUACUAACAAGCACUUUAAAGAGGCCUUGUUUUACUCCGAACCCAGCCACCUGACAGGAAUGUAAAUAAGCUAAUGUGGUCAAUUGCUGGAGGGAGUUGAGCUGGUUCUCAGGGACAUGAUGUGUUUUUGAGACCUUUUUGUUUUGUCCCCCCCUUUUUUUUCCCUAAAUUAUUAUUUUCUUUUGGAGGACAAACUGGUUUAAUCUGCCCUUGACAUUGAGACGCCCCCUUCUGAUACUCUCCUUCAUUCUGUUUUUUUUUCUUCUGUCUGUAUUAAUUGUAACUCUGACUCUCCUCUUCUUACCCAAACCACGUGUCCUCUGUAGAGUAGAUCAGUUGAAGGUGGAGGUAGCCUGCAGACUUCAGCUUGCUGCAGCCUGACAGCAGCGCUGUGUUUUUAUCUGUGCAUCUAUUUGCUCUGAAACCUGAACAUCACUGUGUGGAUAGUCCUCUCCUACUGUAGUGUUAACAAGUAGAUGUACCACCAUACUGUUAACACUAAGAUGAUCUCUGCCUUGUUGGAAAGCCAGGAGACAAAACAUUGAUCACAUGCUAAAAUCCCUUUUCAAUCAUUCCCCGGUGUAUUCAUUUCCUGAGUGAUGAUGAUUUGGUUUAAUGAGAGCCACAUUCUAAACAUGCCACCCAGCUAUGCUGCUGCUCACAGCUGCAGGUUGAAGUCUGGUGAGUGGGGAGAGGACUAGUCUCUUCUUGGGCUUCUUGUUGACGUUGCUCACUAGAAAUGGCUGUGAGCGAGGUCAAAGAAAAUGCAACAAAGUAUUUUCUAGAUGGUCGAUGGUGAAUGCAGCCUGGAAUGUGAAUCCUCUGCAUGUUUGAGUCCGCCCCACUUUCCUGUGUGUGUGUGUGCGUGUAUGGUUAUUUUUUUUCUUUUUUUUUUUUUUUUUAUUUUCUCCUGACAGCUGAAAAAAUGUGCCCGUUUAAUGAAAGCUUUUGCCUCCCCAGUUGCUGAGAGUGGGGUGCAGCAGGGCUCAAAUCACUUUCUUUGUCAGGGUUGAUGUUUGUAUCUAUAUGUAUGUUGAUGUGGAAACAAAAAAAAAAAAAAAAAAGAGGAUGAAGUGUAUUUUGCCUUUGUUAUUUUCUGGCCACGCUUUUUUUUUUCUGCUGUAAACUUGUCAGUGUUAUUGAUCCUGUUGCUUCUCUCACUCACCUCGCCUUUUGGUUGUCCAACGUGUUUGGGCCUUUGUUUCUUAGUACAGCGUGUUUUCUUUCUUUUUUUUUUUUUUUUUAUUUGACACCUGUAGAUGUAUUGUUUGCUGGAGGUGGUGCAGAGCAAGCUGUGGAUUAGAUAUUUAGAGGUAUUGCUUGUCUGAAGUACAAGUCUUACAUCAUAGGGAUGUGAUGGAGGCCGUCUGGAAGCUCUCCUAAAGUUUCUAUAUGAUGAGUUGUGAAUUUUCUUUUGCAGCAGAUUUGUGUUUACGUUAACGCGUGGAGGUGUGUGUGUUGUUUGCACGUGUGUAUGAAGGGACGCCUGUGGCUACUCAAGUUGGGGAAGUGGGGAAAAACAUGAAAUUUGUCGCACUAUAUAUAUUUUUUGAAAUAGUUAAUGCAAAAGAGCUUUUUUGUCAGCUUUGUGAUUGUGACAAUGAAUAAGAUGGUUACAACCAUUAUACUAUUUCAUUUUUCAGCACUUUUACCUCACUUGAGUUUUCCCUUUGAAUGGAAAUAUUGAUGUACAUCAGGAAAAUGUGUUUGAAGAGGAAAUAAUGAAUAAAGAGUAUUAAAUGCAAA